AUGACUAUCGAGCCUGAGUACGGCGCUCAGUCAGAGCCCAAUGCCUUCCCGAAUACGCUUUUGUUCCAACAGCUGAUAGAGCUGGCCAAUCAUCAUCGACUCACUGGUACUGCGGCUUUCAGAGACUUCUCAUGGGAUAGCAAAGCCAACCAUGCUGAACUCAUGGUGAAUGUGCUUCAGCUCCGUGGGGUUAUCCUCGAGUCUCUUUCCGACGGCGCAUGA